AUGGCCAAGGCUCUUGUGGAAGACAAAACCGUCAUCGAGCAGGACUACCCGCAAAAGAAGAACAUUCGCGAAGAUUACGACGACGGCUGGUUUGGGUGGUUUGAUGGCUUCUUUAACUGGAAAUGUUGCAUCACCAACCCGACCGAUGAGGACACCGAAGAUGUCAUGACGCGCAUUCCCAGCAUCCGCGAAAUGUCGGAGAUCAUUGAGGAGAACGAUAAGAAGUCCGUGCGCAUCACGUUCGUCGGCUCGCCUGAGAGUGCUCUCGUGAAGGGCCGGAAUGUCAUCGUCAGCUAUCCUGGCGCGCACGGAGCGGGCUGGAACUUCUUGGUGAAAAACUCGCUGCGCUUGGGAACCGCCAACUUCAACAACCCUGACACCAUUGCCACAACUUGUGUGUUCUUGCCGGAUGAGAACGCACCGGGAUGGGGCGAUCAUGCAGGAGACAAGCAAAAGUUCCAAGACAAUGAAGAGCUUUGCCACUGCCAUCACCUGUAUAAUGGCGAGGUGGCGCCAUGGGGCUGCCUCUGGUUCCAACUCUGGCUGCAAAAGACGACCAUUGCUGUGGAGAACGGGUGCCAACUCAUCGUCGUUACCAAACGUGAUGGCAGCCUGGGUCGCUCUCAACAGGGUGAGGUAAAGUUCCUGCAGAAGUACGGAGUGAACUACAAGGUUCUCAACAUUUUCGAGUUUGCCAAAGCAGUCUUCCCAGAGUUGCCUCGUUUGAAACCUGCACAGCAUGCAGUCCAACCUGACUACGAACUGCCGAAAGAUCAGAGAGCACAAGAGCCGGACCUCGUCCAACCUGAUGACGAACUGCCGAAAGAUCAGAGGGCACAAGAGCCGGACCUCGACUAA